AUGGCGGCAGAAGGGCCCCAGCCUCCGCAGCAUGUCCAUCAAUACACCAGCGAUGUCGAUGAUGCCGACGUGGAGGAGACGGCGGACGAGUCAACUCCACGGCCAUCCAAUGGCGCGUUCGCGAAGAAGAAGCGCCGCCUGCCGAGGCGCAUAGGACAGUUCUCUGGCUCGGUUCCCUCCACCCCCAAGACGCGCACAAGCUCUCCCAGCGCACGCCGCUUUCCUCCCCUGCCGCGCCGCUCGACCAUGCCAGACCCUCGCGAUCGCGGGGCUGUGUCAGAAUCCGAAGCCCGCGAAUUUUCUAGGCCUCCCGCCAUAAGAGGCCAUUCACACUUGGGUCGAUCAGUCGAUGCGGAGGAGGCAGACGAUGUGGUAGACACGACCCGCAGAAGCCACUUCCGUGGGAUGAGCGUCUUCACAGGUGGAGGCAUGUCGGACGGCGAUGCAUUGCAGACGCCCCGGCGGCCACGCUUCGGAGGGGAGCGAUACUCAACGUUCGGUGGCCAUAGAUGGAAACAAGUUAAGAAUACUUUGGGUCUUCUGCGGCACAGAAAAGGCGAGCGCAUCGACUACCUCAAGUCUACGGAACUCAUGGGAGAACUUCGGGCUGGUGCGCCGGCCGUAGUGAUGUUUGCUAGCAUGCUCCAGCGUGACGAACAUGGCCACAAGAAGAUCCCUGUGCUUCUCGAGCAAGUCCGCGUGAACAUCAGCGACAGCGUGGUUCGAGGCGAUAGCGAACGACACACUCUCUUCACCAUCCAUCUGGAGUACGGCAACGGGCCAAAUCGCAUGAUAUGGACAGUGAAGAAGAGCAUCGGAGACAUUGUACGCAUGCAUCUCAAGUACAAGGGCAGCGUCACCACCGAGAGACUGAAGCGUCCCGGAGCCCGCGUAGGACCAAAGCAACCCAAAUUCCCAGCCAAGGCCUUCCCCUACUUGCGGAGUAUCAAAGCAAUGGACUUCAGUGAUGAAGAAGACGAGGGUCGCCCUGCUGAGACUCCCGAGGCUGUAGCAGCCGGCGAAAUGACAGCCGGCGAGGCCACAGCCGGCGAGAUGACUGCUGCCGAGGGUACGGGCACCGAGGCCGAGGGCCGUUCUGGGAAGAAACGCAAGGGCUCGCGUAUGAACGUCCUCAGUCCGCGACGCAACACCACAAUGCCUGAGGACGGUACUGGCGCCAUGGCUGACGCCCAAGUCCAGGCUGCUAAGGACGCUGAUGAAGCAAAGCGCAAAUAUAUUGGGUUCCAGCGACGGUCACUUGAGAAAUACCUUCGAGAAAUGAUACGCUGGCUCAUGUUCAGGCCAGACAGCAACCGCCUCUGUCGUUUCUUCGAGCUGUCCGCGCUGGGGGUGCGCCUCGCGGCGGAGGGCGGCUACCACGGGAAAGAAGGUUUCAUGCAGAUUCGGCCAGCUAAUGGCAUCGUCAACCCGGCCAAGGCUGUCACUCGAAGAGAUCGCAAGUGGUUCCUGAUCCGACAGAGCUACAUAGCGUGUGUUGACUCUCCAGAGAGCAUCGACAUAUGUGAUGUCGUCCUGGUCGACUUCAAAUUCGAGAUCAUUGCCAAGAAGAAAGGCCUCAAGCAGGUCGGGCGAAAGGGCUCCAAGAAGGCCAAGUCUGACCAGGACGGGCCAGAUGUCGGCGACGAUGACGAUUUCCUGAACGAUCCCGAGUCGUCAAAGAAAAAUCACCACCACAAACUGACCAUUAUCAACUCUGAGCGAAAGGUCAAGCUCUAUGCUCAGCAGCAUGACCUGCCGCAGUUUGAGGAGUCCAUCAAGCUGAUGAAGCAGAAUUCGCCUUGGGCUUCAGACAAAAUUCGAUUUGCCAGCUUUGCGCCCGUUCGGCGAAACGUCUAUGCUCAGUGGCUUGUCGAUGCGCGCGAUUACAUGUGGAAUGUCUCGCGGGCUAUUUCCAUGGCGAAGGAUGUGAUCUAUAUCCACGACUGGUGGCUGAGCCCCGAGAUAUACAUGCGAAGGCCACCUUGUAUCAGCCAGCGGUGGCGUCUUGAUCGGCUCCUCCAAUCGAAGGCGCAAGAAGGCGUGAAGAUCUUCGUGAUAGUAUACCGCAACGUCGAGGCCGCCGUUCCCAUCAACUCCGAGUACACGAAGAGGUCCCUCCUCAACUUGCAUCCAAACAUCUUUGUGCAAAGAUCACCAAACCAGUACAAGAAGAACCAGUACUUCUAUGCUCAUCACGAGAAGAUCUGCAUAGUCGACCAUUAUAUCGCAUUCGUUGGAGGUAUUGAUUUGUGUUUUGGUAGAUGGGAUACGCCCCAGCACAAACUUGCGGAUGACAAACCGACGGGCUUCGAGCCGGAUGAGGUGCAGAACGUUCCCAGGGAUGCCGAACACGUCCAGAUGUUCCCGGGCAAGGACUACACCAACCCGAGGGUGCAGGACUUCUUCAACCUGGAUCGGCCAUACGAGGAGAUGUAUGACCGAUCCAAGAUUCCAAGGAUGCCGUGGCACGAUAUCUCGAUGCAAGUGGUUGGUCAGCCCGCUCGUGACCUCACAAGACAUUUCGUGCAGCGGUGGAAUUAUCUCCGUCGUGGGCGGAAGCCAACACGGCCUUUGCCUUACUUGCUUCCACCGCCUGACUUCCGCGACGAAGACUUGGAAGCUAUGGGCCUCACGGGGACAUGCGAAGUCCAGAUUCUUCGAUCCGCGUCGACCUGGUCGCUAGGAAUACAACACACCGAGUGCAGUAUUCAGAACGCAUAUCUUCAAAUGAUCGAAAAGUCCGAGCAUUUCGUCUACAUCGAGAACCAAUUCUUUAUCUCAAGCACCGAGGCGCUCGGCGUGCCAAUCGUCAACAACAUUGGCGACGCACUCGUGGACCGUAUCAAGCGCGCCUACGAAAACGACGAGGAUUGGAAGGCCGUCAUCCUCAUCCCUCUGAUGCCCGGUUUCCAGAACACCGUGGCUGAGAAGGAGGGUACCAGCGUCCGGCUCAUCAUGGAGUGUCAAUACCGAAGCAUCUGCCGCGGGGAGUCCUCGAUAUUCGGCAGACUACGAGCUGCCGGCAUUGAUCCUGAAGAUUAUAUUCAGUUCUUCAGCCUGCGGCAAUGGGGCGAGAUCGGCGCCAAUAAGAUGCAUGUCACCGAACAGCUCUACAUUCACGCCAAGCUCAUCAUUGUUGAUGACCGCGUAGCUUUGAUAGGCUCGGCCAACAUCAAUGAGCGAUCCAUGCUGGGCUCCCGUGACUCCGAGUGUGCUGCAGUUGUUAGGGACACUGACCUGAUAUGGUCGACUAUGGCAGGGAAACCUUUUCAGGUCGGCCGUUUUGCACACACCCUGCGCAUGCGGCUCAUGAGGGAGCAUGUUGGUCUUCCAGUGGAUGAGAUUAUUGAGGAGGAGAGGAACGCAGACCUGGAAAACGAGGAGGCUUUCCAGUCUGACAUGGACCGAAUCUACCACAGCGACUCGGAUGGCUCAGAAACUUCAAGGCGGUCAGGUGCCAACGGGGACCUGAACGUACCACGUCCCCCAAUUGAGAGAGGUCACAGCAUUAAUCAUGACGUCGACCUCCAACGAAUGGACAACAGCGACCAGUCUUCGUCCAAGUCUUCCAACUCGGAUUCGAAUGUCGUUGAAGCAGAAAGCGUGGAUGCACCCGCCGACCCCAAACAAAAGAACGAGGUCGAGGGGUUUGGUCCUGAUCGCUGGAAGGAGGCACAGGGCAAAGGUCUAGAUCAAGGCAGGGAUACCGUUGUCAUCGGUGGCCGAGAAUACCUCGCCCGUGAUAUCUCAGCUGAGGGCAAAGGAACUAUCGAAAGUCCAGCCCCUAGCCAGAAGUCUGAGAGCCCGCGGCCUGCUGCGACGGAUUCGGUCGGAGAAGGCCCCAGCAGAGCUGUGAUGCCCCCCCUGGACCGUCGGAAUACCGACCAACUAGGACUUCCCAGGGCCAACCAGCUCCCUGACCUUCCACACAGUGACGACACGGAUAUUGGCGGGCCGCCACUUCUUGACGCAGACGGAGAGCCGAUCCUGUCUGUGUCGCAUCCUCUGGCCGCUGAGAUCAAGCCUGCCGUCCUUGACAAGGAUUGCAUGCGUGAUCCGUUGGAUCCGGCCUUCUACGAGGACGUUUGGUACCGGAUUGCGGACAACAACACCAAGAUCUACAGACAGGUGUUCCACUGCAUGCCGGACAACGAGGUGAGGGAGUGGGACCAGUACACGGAGUACAUAGACCACCAGAAACGACUGCAGGUGGCACAAGAAGGACCACGAGAGGCGCAGAAGGGUGAGCAGGGCGAAGCAGGUGACCCCAGUGGAUCCGAAAAGCCGCCUCCGGAAGCCACAUCUGGCGGCGCCGGCAUCUCAGCCCCAGGUCCGCUCCCCGCGACCCGCUCGUUCUCAAGCAAAUUCCCAGGUAAAGGCAACGCUGGUAAGAACCUGCCUCCGCUGGCUGGCGGUCUGAAGAAGUCCCCAACAGAGAAUGAGUCACCGGCGCAUCGCCAUGCUCGACAGGACUCCAGGCUUGACGUGGAAAGAGCCGCCGCCGCGGCGCGUGCCAUCAAUUCACCCAUGGGAAGCCCUGCAUUCAGCCCUCCGGCCAACAGCCCUUUCAUUCCAGCACCGACGGCACCUGCAGACCCAGAGAAAGCCGCGGCAGCGCGCGAGGACAGCAACACGAACGGCAGCACAGUGGAACCGUCGUCCAAGCUCGUGGUACCCGAGACCAGCAGGGCGACGACGCCGGACAAGCGUGACCGGCGUACCACCUUCAGCACCCCUGACAACACGCCGACGAUCUCGGAGAAGCCACCAGGCAGCUCGGCCUCGACGACGCCUGCGCAAGGGGUGCAGGGGUCUGUCAAGCGACGCAGACGCGCCAACACCAGGGGCAGCCGCCACCGGCCUCCUGUAGAAGAGCUGUUGACCAGGGAGCAGCGCGAGGGGCUGCUUGGGAUGGUCCAGGGCCACCUCGUGGUAUUCCCGUACGACUGGCUUGUGGGCGCGGACGAGAAGGGCAACUGGCUUACGUUGGUGGACCAGGCUGCUCCGUUGCAGAUCUAUAACUAA